AUGGUUGAAGAAAUAAAUGAUCCACUUUUUGGUAUGCAUAUCUUCAAUAUACGACCUUUUAAGUAUUUGAUUGACCAAGUGAAUGUUGACGAGAACGAAUUAUUUGAUGUCGUUGGUGAGAUUGUUGGUCAUGGAGCAAUUCAAUCGCACAAACAAAACGAUAAGAUCAGUGUCUUUAUGAAUGUCGAGCUACAAGACCACGAGUUGAACAACAUUGAGGCUACUUUUGGGGGUGAUUUUGUUGAACAAAUCACUCCAUGUUUGGAUGGAUCCAACACUGCUCCAGUCGUAGUUGUUAUGCAGUUUAUUCGAGCGCAUAAAUUCCAAGAUAAGUACUCUGUCUGUAAUACUUGGCAUGCUUCAAAGUUGUGGGUUAAUCCCGAUCUUCCUCAAGUUGUUGAUUUUAAAACCAGUUUGAUCGGUGUGCGUGGAGAUAACACUUUAAGAGUUAGCCAAAUUUCAACUCAGCGUUCUUAUUUUAUUUUGGAUGAGCUACUGUCUGGAGAUGUGGAGGAUAAAACUAUUGCACAAUUAGUUGAGUGUCUUCAUGAGGGGAACUUUUGGAUGUAUGCAACCAUUGUUCAUAUAGAAAUGGAAAAUGGUUGGUCAUAUAUGGGUCGCAAAAGGCGCCCUAAAAAGGUCAAAAAAAUUGGAAUUAAGUUUCAUUGCAAGAAAUGUGAUCGCAUGGGUCAUUCUGCUGCUCAUAGGUUUGAUCCCAAUUGUGAAUAUUUUAAAUGA